AUGGAGGCUAGAACCAAGCAAUUGGUAGAGGCUGAGAGGGAAAAUAUUCUGAGUCAGCUUUCCCAACUCAUCCCCAAUUUUGAUCCAAGCAUGCUUAAACCGAAAACUAGCCCCUGUCAAAACCAAGGUCAAGGGCAAAGUCCCAAAAAUCCAAUGUCGGACAAAGCAAGCUACUCUGGGGCUCUUGGUGGGAGAUCCCUACAUUUAGAGGAUGAUACUGCCAAGAAUGGGGAAAAGCAGGAUGAUACUGCCAAGAAUGAGAUAUUAUCUUCCCCCUUAAGCUUAAAAAAAUGCAGUUUGAGUAAUACAAAUUUAAAAUGA